CCACCGGUAGCCCGUCACUUUUUCCCUCUCCUUUCAAAACUCAUUCGCGCGACUGCGAGAGUGUUCAAGAGAAAUAAAAAAAAAGAAAAAACCCCUAAAACUUUCAUUUCCGAAAACCCUUGUUUUUUUCCUUCCUGAGCUCAACCAAAAAAAAAGAAUUAAAAAAAAAUGCCUAGGGAGAUCAUUACACUUCAAGUUGGACAAUGUGGAAACCAGAUCGGAAUGGAGUUUUGGAAGCAACUUUGCCUUGAACAUGGUAUCAGCAAAGACGGGAUUCUUGAAGAUUUCGCUACCCAGGGGGGUGACAGGAAAGAUGUAUUUUUCUAUCAAGCCGAUGAUCAACACUAUAUACCACGAGCUCUAUUGAUAGAUUUGGAGCCUAGAGUUAUCAAUGGUAUUCAAAACAGUGAAUAUCGCAAUCUGUAUAAUCAUGAAAACAUAUUUGUCUCUGAUCAUGGAGGCGGUGCUGGGAAUAACUGGGCUAGUGGGUACCACCAGGGGGAGCAAGUCCAAGAGGAUAUAAUGGACAUGGUUGAUAGAGAAGCAGAUGGAAGUGAUAGUCUUGAAGGAUUUGUCUUAUGCCAUUCCAUUGCUGGAGGAACUGGCUCAGGAAUGGGUUCAUAUUUGUUGGAGACUCUGAAUGAUCGCUACAGCAAAAAACUUGUUCAGACAUAUAGUGUAUUUCCAAAUCAGAUGGAGACAAGUGAUGUCGUGGUCCAACCAUACAACUCACUUUUGACGCUAAAGCGGCUAACACUAAAUGCAGAUUGUGUUGUCGUGCUUGACAAUACUGCACUGAAUAGAAUAGCCGUGGAGCGUCUUCAUUUAUCAAAUCCUACAUUUGCACAAACAAAUUCCUUGGUUUCUACUGUGAUGUCAGCAAGUACAACCACCCUACGAUAUCCGGGAUAUAUGAAUAAUGACUUGGUCGGCCUUCUUGCAUCCUUAAUCCCAACACCAAGAUGCCAUUUUCUUAUGACUGGAUAUACACCACUUACAGUGGAGCGUCAGGCUAAUGUGAUCCGCAAAACUACAGUACUAGACGUUAUGAGAAGACUUCUGCAGACCAAGAAUAUCAUGGUUUCCUCUUAUGCUCGAACUAAGGAAGCUAGUCAAGCAAAAUAUAUAUCAAUAUUAAAUAUCAUUCAAGGAGAAGUAGACCCAACUCAGGUUCAUGAAAGUUUGCAGAGAAUACGUGAAAGGAAGCUGGUUAAUUUCAUUGAAUGGGGUCCUGCUAGCAUCCAGGUUGCACUCUCUAGGAAGUCCCCUUAUGUUCAAACUGCUCAUAGAGUUAGCGGUUUAAUGCUUGCAAGCCAUACGAGUAUAAGGCACUUGUUCAGCAAAUGUUUGAGCCAGUAUGAGAAGUUGAGAAAGAAGCAAGCCUUUCUUGACAAUUAUCGCAAGUUCCCUAUGUUUGCGGAUAAUGAUCUUUCUGAAUUUGAUGAAUCUCGAGAAAUAAUAGAGAGCUUAGUUGAUGAAUACAAGGCGUGCGAGUCGCCCGAUUACAUUAAAUGGGGAAUGGAGGAUCCUGAUCGUGCUAUGACCGGAGAAGGCAGUGCUGCAGGGAUAGUGGAUCCCAAAACAGUAGUGUAAAUGUUUCAGGUUUGGAAAGUAUUGGUUAGAACCUAAACCGGAUUCAAUUCCAUAUGGAAGUGUGGUAAUGUUAAUGUUGAAGGAGAGAUGUAAAAGAUUCAUUUCCAUAUGGAAGUGUGGUGAUGUUAAUGUUAAUGUUGAAGGAGAUAUUAUGUAAUAACGAGUUCAUGCAUUGCUUUUUAAUAAGCUUUAGUAGUUUUGCAUCU